CAGAGCAAAAGAGGAAUGGACUGUGGGCCACCUGCCACCCUCCAGUCCCACCUGGCCGGGCCACCUGGUCCUGCCCGCCACCCAGUGGCUGUGUGCCAGCAGGAGAGUCUGUCCUUUGUGGAGUUGCCCACCCUGCAGCCCCCAAGCCCUGUGUGUCUGGAUCUCUUUCCGGUCACCCCAGAGGAGCUGCAGGCUCCCGGCAGCCGCUGGUCCCUGGGGACCCCUGCUCCUCUCCAAGGGCUGCUAUGGCCACCAUCCCCAGGAGUCCCAGACACCGAGACGGCUACCAGUGGGGGGAUGCGGCCCAGCAGGGCUGGCAGCUGGCCACACUGCCCUAGUGCCCAGCCCCCAGCCCUGGAGGGAUCCUGGAGUCCCCAGCACCCACAGCCGCAGCGCCGGGCCAGCCAUGGCUCAGAGAAGAAGUCAGCCUGGCGCAAGAUGCGGGUGUACCAGCGUGAAGAGGCCCAGGCUGUCUUCCUCGAGCCUGGCCAGGUGGCAGAGCAGUCCCUGGGCACAGAGGAGCCUAGGUCGCUGGAGCUGUCUGGGCCCAGCCGAGUGGGCCUUGAGGGGCCUGAGCGGAGGCGCUUCUCAGCCUCUGAGCUGAUGACCCGGCUGCACUCUUCCCUGCGCCUGGGGCGGAAUUCGGCAGCCAGGGCGCUGACCCAAGGGUCAGGCACUGGAGGAGCCCGGGAAGGGAAAGCAUCUGGCAGGGACUCGCGCAGUGUAGAGAUGAGGGUGGACGGUGCGAUGACCGCAGCCCCUGUGGACCCGAGCGGGGGCCAUGGCAGCCGGCCUGAGUCCAGGCUGGAAUCACAGGAAGAGCCAGCUCUGGGUUCCAGAAGCGCCAGCGAGAGACGACAGUCACGGUUCCUCCUUAACUCCGUCCUCUACCAGGAAUACAGCGACGUGGCCAGCGCCCGCGAACUGCGGCGGCAGCAGCGAGAGGAGGAGGGCCCGGGGGACGAGGCCGAGGGCGCGGAGGAGGGGCCCGGACCACCGCGCGCCAACCUCUCCCCAAGCAGCUCCUUCCGGGCGCAGCGCUCGGCGCGAGGCUCCACCUUCUCGCUGUGGCAGGACAUCCCCGAUGUGCGCGGGAGCGGCGUCCUGGCCACGCUGAGCCUGCGCGACUGCAAAUUGCAGGAGGCCAAGUUUGAGCUGAUCACGUCCGAAGCCUCAUACAUCCACAGCCUGUCGGUGGCCGUGGACCACUUCUUAGGCUCAGCUGAGCUGAGUGAGUGUUUGGGGGCGCAGGACAAACAGUGGCUGUUCUCCAAACUGCCCGAGGUCAAGAGCACCAGCGAGAGGUUCCUGCAGGACCUGGAGCAGCGACUAGAGGCAGAUGUACUGCGCUUCAGCGUGUGCGACGUUGUGUUGCACCACUGCCCGGCCUUCCGCCGUGUCUACCUGCCCUACGUUACCAACCAGGCCUACCAGGAGCGCACGUACCAGCGCCUGCUCCUGGAGAACCCCAAGUUCCCUGGCAUCCUGGCUCGCCUAGAAGAGUCUCCCGUGUGCCAACGUCUGCCCCUCACCUCCUUCCUCAUCCUGCCAUUUCAGAGGAUCACCCGCCUCAAGAUGCUGGUGGAGAACAUCCUGAAGCGGACAGCACAGGGCUCUGAAGAUGAAGACAUGGCCACCAAGGCCUUCAAUGCACUCAAGGAGCUGGUGCAAGAAUGCAAUGCCAGUGUGCAGUCCAUGAAGAGGACAGAGGAGCUCAUCCACCUGAGCAAGAAGAUCCACUUUGAGGGCAAGAUCUUCCCACUGAUCUCUCAGGCCCGCUGGCUGGUGCGGCAUGGGGAGCUGGUGGAGCUGGCACCGCUGCCCGCUGCCCCCCCGGCCAAGCUGAAGCUGUCCAGCAAGGCAGUCUACCUGCACCUCUUCAAUGACUGCUUGCUUCUCUCCCGGCGGAAGGAGCUGGGGAAGUUUGCCGUUUUUGUCCAUGCCAAGAUGGCCGAGCUGCAGGUGAAGGACCUGAGCCUAAAGCCCCAGGGCAUCCCUGGCCACGUGUUCCUCCUUCAGCUCCUCCACGGGCAGCAUGCGAAGCACCAGUUCCUGCUGAGGGCGCAGACAGAAAGCGAGAAGCAGCGGUGGAUCUCCGCCAUGUGCCCCUCCAGCCCCCAGGAGGACAAGGAGGUCAUCAGCGAGGGGGAAGACCGCCCCCAGGUUCAGUGUGUCAGGACGUACAAGGCGCUGCAGCCGGAUGAGCUGACCUUGGAGAAGACUGACAUCCUGGCAGUGAGGACCCAGACAAGUGAUGGCUGGCUGGAGGGAGUCCGCCUGGCAGAUGGCGAGAAGGGGUGGGUGCCCCAGGCCUACGUGGAGGAGAUCAGCAGCCUCAGUGCCCGCCUCCGGAACCUCCGGGAGAGUAAGCGGAUCACAAGUGCCACCAGCAAACUCGGGGAGCCUCCUGCGUGA